GAUUCGAGUAGUGUCAGAGAAGAACAAGAGGAAUCGUUAACAGUAUGGCGAGUACCAGUGGAGGAAGAGGAGGCGAGGAUGGGAGGCCGCCGCAGAUGCAGCCUGUCCGCACUCUAUCCCGGAGGAUGACGCGAGCUGGGACGAUGAUGAUUGAUACUAACGAAGACGAGAAUAUCAUUGACAGCGAGCUUGUGCCUUCUUCCCUCGCUGCUAUUGCUCCCAUUCUCCGUGUUGCUAAUGAUAUCGAAGCACAUAAUCCAAGAGUUGCUUACCUCUGUCGGUUUCAUGCGUUUGAGAAGGCACAUACGAUGGAUCCAACAUCGAGUGGACGAGGAGUUCGUCAAUUUAAAACCUAUCUAUUGCAUAAAUUACAAGAGGAGGAACCGACGAGUGAUCCGAAUGAAAUUCAGACGUUCUAUCAGAAUUUCUAUGAGGAUAAUAUAGAAAAUGGAGAAGGGAAAAAGUCACCGGAGGAGAUGGCCAAGCUUUAUCAGAUGGCAACUGUCUUGUAUGAUGUUCUAAAGACUGUGAUUCAUCCAGCAAGAAUAGACGAAAAGACCCACAGGUAUGCUAAAGAAGUUGAAAGAAAGAAGGAUCACUAUGAGCCUUACAACAUUCUUCCACUAGAUGCUGGAGGAGCAAAAGCCGAAAUAAUGAAACUCCCUGAGAUUAGGGCGGCCAUUCGUGCUGUCUGUAAUGUGCAAAAUCUUCCUCAGCCAAGAGUUCAUUCAGCCACGAGUAACCCGAACGAAGUAAAUAGGGAAAAAGCCAGAAAUUUCAAUGAUAUUCUCGAGUGGCUUGCUUUGGUUUUUGGUUUUCAGAGAGGAAAUGUAGCUAAUCAGAGGGAGCAUCUCAUACUGCUACUUGCCAACGUUGAUGUGAGAAAGAGGAAUCUCGAGGAUUAUGAAGAGGUGAAGCCUAGCACCGUGAAUAAGUUGAUGGAAAAAUAUUUCAAGAAUUACAACUCAUGGUGCAAGUAUUUGCGGAUUAAAUCACAUCUCAGGUUUCAUGAUGGUUGUGAUGAACAGCAGUUGAGCCUUGUGUAUAUUGGCCUUUAUCUUCUCAUAUGGGGUGAAGCAUCCAAUGUCCGUUUCAUGCCUGAAUGCCUCUGCUACAUAUUCCACAAUAUGGCAAAUGAAGUCGAUGGAAUUCUGUUUAGCAAUGUGUACCCUGUAACUGGGGCCACAUAUGAGGCAGGUGCACCUGACGAUGAGGCAUUCUUAAGGAAUGUUAUAACACCAAUUUACCAAGUCCUGCGCAAGGAAGUGAAGAGAAACAAAAUGGGAAAGGCAAGCCAUUCAAAAUGGAGAAACUAUGAUGAUCUGAAUGAGUACUUUUGGGAUAAGAGGUGUUUUAGGCUGGACUGGCCGAUGAAAUCUGAAGCAGAUUUUUUCAUCCACUCUGAUGAGAUCUCACAACGUCCGAAUGAGAGGCAUGACCAAGUCUCUCACGGAAAAAGGAAACCCAAAACUAAUUUUGUUGAAGCUCGAACGUUUUGGAACCUCUAUCGAACUUUUGACCGAAUGUGGAUGUUCCUUGUAUUGUCUCUGCAGAUUAUGAUAAUAGUUGCAUGGAGCGAUUCAGGAUCUAUUCUUAACAUAUUUUCUGAGGAUGUAUUUAAGAAUUUGUUGACCAUUUUCAUCACUUCAGCUUUCCUUAAUCUUCUACAAGCAACAUUGGACGUAAUUCUUAGUUUUGGUGCUUGGAAAAGCCUAAAGUUUACCCAAAUUCUGCGGUACAUCACAAAAUUUUUAAUGGCAGCCAUGUGGGCCAUCAUAUUGCCAAUUACUUACUCAAAGUCGGUCCAGGAUCCAACUGGACUUAUAAAGUUCUUCGAUAAUUGGAUUGGGAAUUGGCUUCACCAGUCGUCGUACAACUAUGCUAUUGCAUUAUAUGUCUUACCAAAUAUUUUGGCCGCUGUGUUUUUCUUACUCCCACCUCUGCGUAGAAUCAUGGAGCGAUCAAAUAUGCGAAUUGUCACAUUUAUCAUGUGGUGGGCUCAGCCAAAAUUGUAUGUUGGCAGAGGAAUGCAUGAAGAAAUGUUUGCACUUUUCAAGUAUACGUUCUUUUGGGUCAUGCUGUUACUUAGCAAACUCGCAUUCAGCUACUACGUGGAGAUAUUACCACUUGUCAAGCCAACAAGGCUAAUAUGGGAUAUGAAUGGCAUAAGUUAUCAGUGGCAUGAGUUCUUUCCAAAUGCCACACAUAACGUUGGUGUAAUUAUCUCCAUAUGGGGUCCGAUUGUCUUGGUUUAUUUUAUGGAUACACAAAUAUGGUAUGCCAUAUUCUCCACUAUAUUUGGGGGGAUUUCUGGAGCUUUCAACCAUCUUGGGGAGAUACGUACACUUGGAAUGUUGCGGUCCAGGUUUAGAUUUAUUCCUUCUGCUUUCUGUAGUAAACUUACACCAUUACCUCCAGGCCAUGCAAAGAGAAAGCACUUGGAUGAAGCAGUGGACGAAAGAGACAUUGCGAGGUUCUCACAGAUGUGGAAUAAGUUCAUAUAUACUAUGCGGGAUGAAGAUCUGAUCAGCGAUGAGGAAAGAAAUUUGCUACUUGUACCUUCAUCUUCUAAAGAUGUUACUGUUCUGCAGUGGCCUCCUUUCUUGCUUGCUAGCAAAAUUCCAAUAGCAUUAGACAUGGCCAAAGAUUUCAAGGGAAAGGAGGACAUUGAUUUAUUCAAGAAGAUUAAAAAUGAAUACUAUAUGCAUUAUGCAGUGGUUGAAGCUUAUGAAUCGGUGAGGGACGUUAUAUAUGGUCUUCUUGAAGAUGAAUCUGAUAAAAGGAUUAUAAGGGAGAUUUGUUAUGAAAUCGAUGUUAGCAUUCAACAACAUCAAUUUUUACGUAAAUUCCGGAUGACUGGUAUGCCUUUGCUCAGUGAUAAGCUUGCGAAGUUCUUAGAUAUUCUGCUAAAUGGUAAUGAGAGAGAUGAAACUUACAAGUCUCAGAUAAUCAAUGUUCUCCAAGACAUUAUUGAAAUCAUCACGCAGGAUAUCAUGGUUGACGGUCACGAAAUCCUGAAGAGGGUUCAUUUUCAGAGUGGUGAUAUUAACACCGGCAAGAAAGAACAAAGGUUUGAAAAGAUAAAUCUUCAUAAUCAGGACACAUCUUGGAGGGAAAAGGUUGUAAGACUUUUCUUACUUGUAACAUUUAAAGAAUCUGCUAUUAACAUCCCUCAAAAUUUGGAAGCUCGGCGUCGUAUGACAUUCUUUGCAAAUUCCCUGUUCAUGAAUAUGCCAGACGCUCCUCGAGUUCGUGACAUGCUAUCGUUUAGUGUCUUAACUCCUUAUUACGAAGAAGCUGUUCUCUAUUCAGAAGACGAAUUGAACCACGAAAAUGAAGAUGGAAUAUCUAUAUUAUUCUACCUACAGAGAAUAUAUCCUGAGGAUUGGACGAAUUUUUUCGAACGUGUAACUGAUGCCAAACGGAACUUUUCUGACAAAGAAAAAAUAGACCAACUCCGUGAAUGGGUAUCGUAUAGAGGCCAGACCCUUUCAAGGACAGUUAGGGGAAUGAUGUACUACAGAAAAUCUCUUGAACUUCAAUGUUACCAGGAAUACACUGGAGAAAUUGCUACCGAUGAUGGCUACCUUUCCUCAGCAUCAAAUGAAGAUUUUAUGAACCGUGCAAGAGCUCUUGCAGAUUUAAAAUUCACAUAUGUUGUGUCAUGCCAAAUCUAUGGGAACCAGAAAAAGUCAAGUAAACUCAGUGAUCGAAAUCGCUACAAUAAUAUUUUACAGCUCAUGCUGAAGUAUCCAUCCUUGCGUAUUGCCUAUAUAGAUGAAAGGGAGGAGAUAAUUAAUGAUAAAUCACAGAAAGUAUUCUACUCUGUGCUGCUCAAAGGAGGUAACAAAUUAGAUGAGGAAAUAUAUCGUAUCAAACUUCCCGGAAAACCUACUGAUAUUGGUGAAGGAAAGCCCGAGAAUCAGAAUCAUGCCAUCAUUUUCACUCGUGGUGAAGCACUUCAGACCAUUGACAUGAACCAGGACAACUACUUUGAAGAGUCUUUCAAAAUGAGAAAUGUGCUACAAGAAUUUGAUGAAGGUCGUCGUGGCAAGAGAAAUCCCACAAUUUUGGGUCUUCGUGAACACAUAUUUACAGGAAGUGUAUCAUCACUUGCUUGGUUCAUGUCGAAUCAAGAAACAAGUUUCGUUACCAUUGGCCAACGUGUUCUGGCAAAUCCUCUGAGGGUGCGUUUCCAUUAUGGCCAUCCUGAUAUAUUUGAUAGAAUCUUCCACAUCACGAGGGGAGGCAUUAGCAAGGCUUCAAAGAUAAUAAACUUAAGCGAAGACAUCUUUGCAGGGUACAAUUCAACACUUCGUGGGGGUUACAUCACACAUCACGAGUACAUCCAAGCAGGGAAAGGGCGUGACGUAGGGAUGAAUCAGAUUUCUUUUUUUGAAGCCAAAGUUGCUAAUGGUAACGGAGAACAAACACUAAGUCGUGACGUUUACCGACUUGGACGCCGGUUUGAUUUUUACAGGAUGCUCUCCUUCUACUUCACCACUGUUGGAUUCUAUUUCAGUAGCAUGAUAACGGUGGUCACAGUGUAUGUGUUUCUUUAUGGGCGUCUUUAUUUGGUACUGAGCGGAUUAGAAAAGGAGAUUCUACAAAGUGCAACUGUACAUCAGUCCAAAGCCCUUGAGGAAGCAUUAGCAGCUCAAACCGUUUUCCAAUUAGGUUUUCUGAUGGUUCUGCCAAUGGUUAUGGAGAUUGGUCUAGAGAAAGGGUUCCGCAAGGCCUUGGGUGAUUUCAUCAUCAUGCAGCUUCAGCUCGCCUCUGUCUUCUUCACGUUUCAGCUGGGAACAAAAGCACAUUACUUUGGGAGGACGAUUCUGCAUGGAGGCUCCAAGUACAGAGCCACCGGUCGUGGGUUUGUUGUUUUCCAUGCAAAGUUUGCGGAAAACUACAGAUUAUAUUCGCGAAGCCAUUUUGUGAAGGGACUUGAGUUGGUAAUAUUACUAGUGGUGUAUCAAGUUUAUGGGAACUCGUACCGUAGCUCAAGUCUUUAUCUAUACAUCACGUUUUCAAUGUGGUUCUUGGUGUCUUCUUGGUUGUUUGCUCCGUUUAUAUUCAACCCAUCUGGGUUUGAGUGGCAAAAGACUGUGGAUGAUUGGACUGACUGGAAAAGAUGGAUGGGGAACCGAGGUGGCAUUGGAAUUGUAGUUGAGAAAAGUUGGGAAUCAUGGUGGGAAUCAGAGCAAGAACAUCUCAAGCACACAAGUAUAAGAGGAAGAGUUCUUGAGAUACUUCUCGCACUGCGUUUCCUUCUUUACCAGUAUGGCAUUGUCUACCACCUCAACGUCGCUCAUGGCGACACAACAUUCCUGGUUUAUGGACUCUCUUGGGGUGUUUUGUUGGCAGUUCUUCUCGUCCUAAAGAUGGUAUCAAUGGGUAGAAGAAAAUUUGGAACAGAUUUUCAGGUUAUGUUUAGGAUUCUCAAGGCGCUUCUCUUCCUCGGUUUCUUGUCAGUCAUGACUGUAUUAUUUGUAGUCUGCGGCCUUACAAUCUCAGAUCUAUGCGCUUCAUUCCUAGCUUUCUUGCCUACAGGGUGGGCCAUUCUUCUUAUCGGGCAAACGCUGCGUGGGGUGCUAAAGGGAAUAGGAAUAUGGGACUCGAUUAAAGAGCUAGGGAGAGCGUAUGAGUAUAUAAUGGGGCUUUUGAUAUUCACACCCAUUGCAGUGUUAUCUUGGUUCCCAUUCGUGUCUGAGUUUCAGACGAGACUGCUGUUUAACCAAGCCUUCAGUCGCGGUCUACAGAUCUCUAUGAUCCUUGCGGGAAAGAAAGACAAAGAUACACCUUCCCUCUCCAACAAAACUCUGAAAGAUACACCUUCCAUGUCCAACAAAACUCUAUAAAUUAACUGUGAUAUUUUCUUAAUUUAUACAUUUAUUAAUUUAUUAAAAGUCAUUUUUUUAGUUAAUUAUAUAUUUUGAUGGAUUUUUAUUAUUUUAAAAUAAGAAGAAAACUGUUUUUUA